ACACACCUGUUACACAUAGACAGGGUAUUAGAGGAUGAUAGAGCUCUACAGUAUCGACAGAUGAUUUUCCUUAAGAAAAAAAAACAAAACAAAUAGAAAACACCGGCUCUGAUUCAACAACAUCAAAACUUGUAAUGAAAAAUCAAUAUUGCCCAGUCUGCAUCCGUAUUGGAAAAAGAAAAACGUUUUAGACAGAGCCCCUAUACUCAAGCGAAAUGGCUGUUUUACUAGAAACAUCAAUUGGCGACAUAACCAUCGAUCUACUAACAGAAGAACGGCCAAAAUGUUGCAAGAAUUUCCUGAAGUUAUGCAAAAUAAAAUACUACAACUUCUGUCUUUUUCAUUCAGUGCAGAGAAACUUGGUGGCUCAAACUGGAGACCCAACAGGUAGUGGGCGGGAAGGAGAGUCUGUGUAUGGGAUUGUGUAUGGGGAGCAAGCAAAAUAUUUUGAUAUGGAAAUAACACCUCGCCUCAAACACAGGAAAGUUGGUACAGUAUCUAUGGUAAACAAUGGACAUAACAUGCAUGGCUCACAGUUUUUCAUCACUCUAGGAGAAAAUCUAGACUAUCUGGAUAACACACACACAGUGUUUGGUGAGGUUGCUGAAGGCUUUGAUGUCCUCAAAAAACUAAAUGAGGCAUUUUGUGACAAGGAACAUAGACCUUACAAGGACAUCAGAAUUUAUCACACAAUCAUAUUAGAUGAUCCCUUUGAUGAUCCACCAGGUUUGGAGGUACCAGACAGAUCUCCUGAACCUACUAAACAACAACUAGAU